AUGGAAGGAUAUUGCAAAGUUGCCCGCUUCAUGGGCAGGCAAGACGAGUAUGCAAUUUUCCGACGAUUCAAGGCGCUGAAUGCCCAGAAUUUGUUGUACCUUCAGGCUGAGCUUACCCAUUUAGAGGCCCAAUUGCACAGCCUUGCGCAACGAAACGGUGCCGACCGGGUCGUCUCCAGUAAAGAUUGGUGGUCACUGUCCCACAGUGAGGAGACGGACGAUUCUGAGCACUGGGACAAAAUUGUGGAGAUCCGGGGGAAACUUGAGCAGUAUAAUGAUACGAUCCUCAAACAAGCUCAAAUCGCAAAAUUCGGGCCACCUGCAGUAUACGAUCAAGAGUUUUUCCGUUCAUGGCUUGCGCGACCGGAUAUGGGCAAUUUUCCCCUGCUAGGUCUUGACCAAGAAUGCUACACCGAAAAACACGACGCAGACCUGGUCGCACUUACUUCACGGCCUGCGCCAGACGUAUUCUCCCGAUGGUUCACCUACUGCGUAGUCCCAUGGUGGCAUCAUGUGGUUGGCGAGAAGUUUAAAAACCCAGUUGAGGACGGGCUAGACGAAGGUGUAUACCGUUACGAGAACAGCAUUCUCGCAGCCACAGUCCGCGUCAUCACGACUGUACUGGCUUCGCUAUUUCCAGUAUGCUCUGUCACCGCUCUAUACUUUAUAGAGAGCAACUCUGUCCGACUCGCCUCUGUGAUUGUGGCUUCUGGUUUCUUCGCGCUAGCCUUGGCAUUGAUGACCAAUGCUCGGAUGAUUGAGGUAUUUGCUGCUACUUCCGCUUAUGCUGCGGUCAAUGUUGUGUUUCUUACGAAUGUGGUCUACGCAGUAUGA